UGGACACCUACACCGACCCCGCAGUCUCACACUCACACCUCGGCGGCACUCCGCGUCAACCGUGCUUUUGGAUUUUUCAUUUAAGCGUGUCAGAGACUCUGAGACUUUUUUUUUCUCUCUCUUUCCAUUUUCGUUUUCUCUCUUCCCAAACACACUUUUUUCUCACUCUUUAUUUUUUUGUUCUUUUCUUUUUUUCUCGGAUUGAAACCGAAGAAAGCGGUUUUUUUUGGCUCAGUUCUUUGCUCUCUCUCACACACUCGCCCUGCUGUUUUUUCUCAUUUCUUUUUUAACUCUAUAUUUCUGACUCUCUUUUUCACUAACACUGUUUGAAAAAUCCCCCUCGUUUUUUAUUUUUUUUUAACCUCGCUCCGAUUUCGGUCUUCAACUAGCUGACGACUAGGGCUUCGACUCAUCCAGGCAAUUUCUGCUCCGCUUUCAGAUCGUUUGAGGUCUUUGGCUUCACUCAUGGCUAGUGAAUCUUUGGUGAGUGCAAAUGGGAAUGGCAACACGCAGCCUCCUCCGCGGAGGACUUACCAAGUUGUUGUGGCUGCAACCCGGGACAUGGGUAUUGGCAAGGAUGGAGACCUGCCUUGGACGUUACCUAAUGAAUUCAAAUUCUUUAUGGACCUCACUGAGACCACUUCGGAUCCUGGGAAAAAGAAUGCGGUUGUAAUGGGUAGGAAAACAUGGGAGAGCACUCCUCCCAAAAUUCGGCCUCUACCUGGUAGACUGAAUGUUGUUCUGACUCGUUCUGGGAGUUUUGAUAUAGCCACCGCCGAGAAUGUUGUAAUAUGUGGAAGCAUGGAUUCCGCUUUGGAAUUAUUAGCUGGUUCUCCAUACUGUCUAUCAAUUGAGAAAGUGUUUGUUUUAGGGGGUGGCGAAAUAUUAAAGGAUGCUCUCAAUGGGCCUGGAUGCGAGGCUAUCCACAUUACAGAAAUUGAGGCCAGUAUAGAAUGUGAUACAUUUAUCCCUUCUGUUGAUACUUCUGUAUUUCAACCAUGGUAUUCGUCGUUUCCCAUUGUGGAGAAUAACAUUCGUUAUUCCUUUACAACCUAUGUCCGUGUAAGGAGUUCUGAAGUUCAAUCCCUUGGUCAAAACAAUGGUCUGAUUGCUGAUGGUAAGUCAGGCUCCAUGAAAUUUGAUAUACAGAAGUUCUCAUUCCUCCCAAAGAUGAUAUUUGAGAGACACGAGGAGCACCAGUAUCUGAGACUGGUUCAAGAUAUCAUCUCAGAUGGCAACACUAAGGAUGACAGGACAGGGACUGGUACUGUAUCCAAAUUUGGUUGCCAGAUGCGGUACAAUCUGCGCAGAACUUUCCCGCUUCUUACAACUAAGAAAGUAUUCUGGCGAGGGGUUGUUGAAGAACUUCUUUGGUUCAUCAGUGGUUCAACAAAUGCCAAGGUUCUUCAGGAGAAGGGCAUUCAUAUAUGGGAUGGCAAUGCAUCUAGAGAUUACCUAGAUGGAAUCGGUUUGAAAGACAGGGAAGAGGGUGACUUGGGACCUGUUUAUGGAUUCCAGUGGAGACACUUCGGUGCUAGAUAUACUGACAUGCAUGCUGACUACACUGGUCAAGGAUUUGAUCAGUUGUUAGAUGUUAUUGAUAAGAUUAAAAAUAAUCCAAAUGACCGAAGAAUAAUACUCUCAGCAUGGAAUCCUGCUGAUCUUAAAUUAAUGGCACUUCCACCUUGCCACAUGUUUUCUCAGUUCUAUAUAGCCAAUGGGGAGUUGUCAUGUCAGAUGUAUCAGCGUUCUGCUGACAUGGGCCUGGGAGUGCCAUUUAACAUUGCUUCUUACGCACUUUUGACAUGCAUGAUUGCUCAUGUUUGUGAUCUUGUUCCAGGUGAUUUUGUCCAUGUUAUUGGGGAUGCUCAUGUUUACCGCAAUCAUGUGAGGCCUCUGCAGGAGCAGCUUCAGAAACAGCCAAAGCCUUUUCCGGUUCUGAAGAUCAAUCCUGAGAAGAAGAAUAUAGAUUCUUUUGUUGCUGCUGAUUUCAAACUCAUAGGUUACGAUCCUCAUGAGAAGAUAGAAAUGAAAAUGGCGGUAUAAAGCUCUCUCAGUUGUUGGGUAAAGAGAGCUCUGAGACUACCCCCUCUUUUCAGGCAAAACUUGCUCUAGUUUUGAGGAAUAGCAAGUGGAGUUUUAUCUUGAUGUAGUGUGUCGUACAAAU